AUGGAGUAUAGCGAUAAUAAUAUUUAUCAUCCCACCUUUAUUGGGCAACCACACCUUGUUAAUAAUGCUACCGGUCCUGCUAUGGCACAACUCUACCAGCCAAUGCUGACAGCCACAGCUCCACAACCAAUUUACAACUAUUAUGGCCAAUCUCACAUGCCACAACAACAUCAUCAACACCAAAUACAACCACAGCAACAAAUACAACAAAUGCCCCAAGGAAUGAUGCAAAAUACCUCCUAUGUAAUGCCAUCAGUCCCUUCACCAUCAAUGUUUAUGAAUCCAACUACAACCAAUAACAACAACAACAAUAACAAUACUACAUCCUCUAUAUAUACUUCAAAUUCGGCAUCAACCUAUGCAUUGGCACCAUCAUCAAUGAUUGAUAAUUCCCAUCAACAACAACAACAACAACCAAUACCUAUACAUCAAAACAUACAACAUCAACAACAAAAUAUACCUAUACUUCAACAACAACAACAACAAAUGCCACAAUUUGGGUAUUAUGUUCAACAACAACCAUUGAUUUCACCAAUUCCAUCACCUCUAUUUUAUUCACAUCCUCAACAAAUUGUUAAUAAUAAUCCUACACAACAACAACUCUCUAAUAGUAAUAAUAAUAAUAAUACAGCGAUGGAGAUUGCAUCAACACCAACAACGAUGAUACAAAAUACUUCACCCAAUUCUUCAUCACUUUCAAUUGGCAAUAAUAAUAAUAAUAAUAACAAUGUUACAUCUUCUCCAAACAAUAACAACAAUAAUAGUGGUAAUACUGGUACAUCACAAAUUAUGACAAAGAAUCGUAUUUUGAUCAACCCAUUACCACUUCAUACGUUAUCAAAUCUGAAUAGUAAUUCGACGUCAUCUUCGGGAGGAGCCAGUUCACCAAGAUCGGCAUCGACCACACCAAAACAAAAGCCAUAUUCUCCAAGAAACACAAAGGCCAAGCCAUCACCACAACAACAACUGCACUCACAUCAACUCCCCCUCUCGCCAUCGGCCAUCAAAGCAGGUAUUUCAUCGCUCCCCACUUACCCAGCAGGCGGACAAACAUCGCCACGACAAUACAACCGAACACCACGUAUGGUCGAUGGAUCGUUGGUUGCCGACUCGAAUGCCUUCAACUCUCCUCGUAUCUCUUCAGCUGCCACCUCACCACUCUCGUCAUCACCAAUCACCAUGAACAGUAUCCUUACCAGCGCACAAUUCAAUCUCAUCAAUUCCUCUGGUGAAAUCACAGACAAGAUGGCAACUACAAUGACCAUCUCUGAUCCACUAACUCCACAGCAACAACAACAAAUGUUUUAUCAACAACAACAACCAAAUCUACCACUAACACCAAAACAACAUCAACAGAUUCUUUCUGAAUCAACUACCUCCAACAUUUGUCCUGCAGCUACUUAUUUAUCCAAUUCUGGUCAGAUUGCUCCAUCAUUACCAUUACAACAACAACAACAACAACAACAGCCAACUAUUAUUAAUAAUAAUAAUGGAUCAUUCCUUGGAUACCAACCAAUUAGUGUGUCUGAUAAUACAUCCAAUUCAUCGUUGGAUGAGUAUUGUCCAAUGACGAGUUCGCCAGUUCAGUUGAAUGCCGAUGACACGAAUAUGGUCGGACAACUAGCACAUCAUCUUCAAAAUACGAUGGGUGGUGCUGUAUCUACUGCCAUGUCAACUGGCAGUGUACCACUACAGAUGCAAACACUUCCCAUCCUCACUCCAUGUGGAAGAUGUGGAAAUAGUGUCACUACCAACGACCAAGCUAUUGCCUGUUACUCUUGUGCACAUCUCUUCCAUCAUGUCUGUGUUGUAUCGCAUUCCGGUCAACAAUGGCAAUGUACUUAUUGUAACCAAAUACAAACCGACCCUCAAGUACAUCUUAUGCAGCAAUUGCAGUUUAAUUGGAACGACCAAAUGUCAUCAUCACCACUUCACAUUACCUCUUCUCUUCCGCCUCCACCAAAUCAUAUGAUCAUGCCACAACAACAACUACAAGAUACUACAAUGCAACAAUUGAUAUCUCCAGUUGUUUCACAAACACCUACUACUAUGGUAACAUCUCAACAAGCCAUUGUACUACUACCAAAGGAUCAUGAUCAUCAUUCAGUUAACGAUAAUAAUAGCGACGACGACGAACAAGACGAUGACGACGACGAUGAAGAUGAAGAAGAGGAAGAGAAAAUGGACAAGACAAGUGAUGAAGAUGAAGAAGAUGAAGAUGAUGAUGAUGAAGACGACGAUGAAGAGGAAGAGGUAAUGACAACCAACUCUCCCGCCUCAACACCAAGAGGAUCGUCCAAAGGUCACUGGUCAAAGGAAGAAGAUGAGUUGCUUAAGAAUUUGGUCGAUAUCCACGGAACCAAAAAAUGGAAAUACAUUGCAUCGUUGCUCACCCUUCGAAACGGUCGUCAAUGUCGUGAGCGUUGGUCCAACCAAUUGGAUCCAACCAUCAAACGUGAUGCCUGGACGCUCAACGAAGAUAGAAUUAUUUUAGAGGCUCAUGCCAAACACGGCAACAAGUGGGCAGAGAUCUCCAAACUCUUGCCAGGUCGUACCAACUGCGCCAUCAAGAAUCAUUGGAACUCGACCAUGAAGAGAAAGAUUACAAAGAAUCAAUAUGACUUGACAUUGAUCAAUGUAGACUCUAGUACCAUCGAAGCAAUUAAAAAUGAAUCGGCAUCUAAAAAGAAAGUAACUCCUCUUAUUGUUGCAGUUUCAAACUCUAGUAACAAUAAUAAUAAUACUAUCAAAUCUCCAAGACCAUCAACACGACAACCAAAUACUCCCAGACAAUCAUCUGAUCAACAACAACAACAACAACAAAUACCACUAACAUCACAAACAACAACCACAACAACAACAAUGAUUAUUCCAAAGAUUCAAUCUUUUGAUCAAUUACAACAAUUUCAACAACAACAACAACAACAACAACAAACAAAUAUGAAUGAUCAUGAUGGAGAUUUACAUUUACCAACACUUGUAUCGAUAAAUACCGAUGACCAACAUUUUUCAACUAGCACUACGAGUACCACCAACAACAACAUGACCUCUUCAUCCUCGCCUUUUUCUCAACAACCACCAUCGUCACCACCAAAGCCAUGUUACAUUUGUGAGACCAUUUCAUUUAUUCGACCAAAGAGUUCAGACAACAAGGUUCACAGUCUCACCAUGGAACACUGUGCACACUUUAACGUACAAUAUCCACACAAUUACUCUACCGAAAAGGUUUAUGGCCUUUGCAACCAACACUAUGUUUGCUACAAGAGAAACACCAAGACGACCACUGUCGAUGGAAACUCACCAAGAUUAAUUAUCGAGGAUCCAGUACAAAGAGAAUUGAGAGAAGCUGGUCUAUGGCCAGACCUCGCAGACAUUGAUAGAAUGAAGAUGGAAACUAAAACAGAUACAAGCAAAAUCAAUCUACUCAAUCUUUACACAGUUUUACAUCAAACUAAAAAUUUACCAAUCGAAAAAAGUUAUUUAGCUUUAUAUGAAGCAUUCAAUAUUAAAGCAAAAACUAAAAAGAAUCAAGUUGGAGCAGGAGGAGUACCAGAAAAGGUUGACGACAUCAAUAAGAAACUUGUAAAAAAUAAUAUUAAAUUCAAGAUUAAGAAUCUAUUGCUCACCUAUCCACAUUUACAAUUCUAUGGAGGUGUCAAGGAAUUCCAUCUUGGUCGACUACAAAAAGUACCCGAAGUACUACUGGUUAAAAAUAAUCAUCAUCUCAAAAUGAGAUUUCAAGAAUCUGAUUAA